AGGCCACCGUAGGUCUUGACAGCGCAUGUGCCGGACGUUCAAAUGAUUCGCUCGUCUGUGGACAAACUGUCUAUUUUCUAGUCUUAAAAAGUGUCAUAAUGUCAGUUCAGGCUACAAACCCCAACAACCCGAUAGUCUUCUUCGACAUAACCAUCGGAGGGCAGGAUGUCGGACGGAUGAAGGUUGAGCUGUUUGCUGAUGUGGUCCCAAAGACAGCAGAGAAUUUCCGGCAGUUCUGCACUGGAGAGUUCAGGAAGGACGGCGUUCCUAUCGGUUUCAAAGGUUGCACCUUCCACAGGGUGAUCAAAGACUUCAUGAUACAAGGAGGAGACUUUGUAAAUGGGGAUGGAACUGGAAUCUGCAGCAUCUACAGAGGUCCGUUUGCAGAUGAAAACUUCAGAAUGAAACACUCUGCCCCUGGUCUUCUUUCUAUGGCAAACAGUGGUCCAGGAACAAACGGCUGCCAGUUUUUCAUCACCUGCACUAAAUGUGACUGGCUAGAUGGGAAACAUGUUGUUUUCGGAAAAGUGGUCGACGGUUUGCUGAUUAUGAGGAAAAUUGAGAACGUUCCUACGGGACCCAACAACAAGCCAAAACUCCCCAUCCUCAUCGCACAGUGUGGAGAGAUGUGAUCCAGGUCGCUCCAAACUCUGUGUGAAAAUUACACAACCUCUGUGUACAUCACGUAGUACCUUUUCCUUUAUUUCAGAUUGAAACUCACCUGUACAUAAUGAGUAUCAGGUUAACUGCUGCAUUGAAACCACAUUAUUCACAUUAUAGUCUGGUUUUGACAGGAUUUAUAUCAUAUUUGCUUUUAUAAUUCAUUUUCUUCGACAUCACAUUAAAAGCUGUUGUUAAUGUUUUUCUGAGGACAGUUUGUGUACCUUUUUUUUUUAAAGCCAGAUGAAAGAGUUGAUCACACUGGUGUAUCAUUUCUGAUCAAUAAAUUGUACAUUUUUAUACAAA